CAUCAAUCUUCUAUACCUUCGAUUUUGCAAAACCGAGCGAAUUGAGCAAGCACAAGUGCAAGAUACACGACAAACGUCAAUAGCAGUCCAUGCAUCCCACACUUGUGAAGGAACAUCUAAAUUCAACUUGAGAACUUGAGUUUCUUGUUGUCAUUGAAACUCUGCAUCUAGUAGACACCCAAAAAAAGGAAAGAUCUACAUGCAGGGCUUGCGUUGUUGACAAUCUAAAGACGAUGCCGACAGUUGCUGGGCGUGACGGGAGAGGAGGACCUCUACUGAACCUCAACAAGUUAAGCUGACUCUUAGUUGUAGAAUAUCAAUACCAUAGCAGAUGUUAUUUUAUUUGGUUAAGGAGGAAUUGCACUCCAUUUCAUCACCGAGAACAACAUAAGCACCCGAAAACUGAAAAUAACCGAGUUACUGGCUGAAAUAAGAGUGUAGCUUAACAUCAAGGCUGCUCCUCCUUCUCAUCAGUAUCUCAGUUAGUCUGAUCAGUUACUUGCUUUCAAAAAUCAAAAAAUCCCCAUCAUACUACUUCAUUCGACUUCGAAAAUUAGAAAAAGUCGAAUUAAGUAGUACACCAAAGCAACCAUGGCGGACCCUCUUCGCGGCGACCUGUAUCGAAUACAUAUAACCGCUAAAGAAGGGUGGAGCCGGAGCUGGAGGGGGCAAAGGAGAUCAGAUAGUUGUGGGGCAAAAUUUGGAGUACUACAGCAAAAGCGCAGGUGGCAAAUGGAUAGCAUGCGUCGUCAAAGAAGUGCAAUCAGAUGGAACUUUUAUAUUAAGGCUUCUUGCAGAAGUCUGCAGUUGUGCGCAAAUAUGUAAAUGUAGGUGUUUCUGUUUGUAGCUACGAAGGUAGAUGUAGGCGUAGGAAGGUGGAUUCAUGUACAUUCUAAGAAGAUCGUCUAUUCCAAGUAGUUGUACUAAAGCAUUACAAAUAUUCUUUAGGCUUUCAGUAGUUGAUUUCAGUAGUUGAAAGGGAGGGCUUCUAAGAACACUCGUGUACUCGGAUGGGACCAUCCUCAAGGAAGGAGCUGACCCAAGUCAAGUCAGAAAGGUCCUAAAAAUCCUAUUAACAAUUAUUUACCCCCAUUGUCCUGUAAUCAUGGUCACCAUGUAGAAGCCAUUUAUGGAUAUUGUAGGAGAUCAUGUGUAAAAAGAUCCCUUCUCCGAACCUUUACUCAGGUUCCCCCCCAGGCUGCUUCGAAAGACGAGGGUCCGUUAAAAGAGGUGGCGUCCGGACCGGAUUUGGGAGCACUGCUUCCGCCUAAGGAAGCUGUGAGGCAAGGCGUCCAGGCAAGGCGCAACAGCGGCAUACCACCAGCUUCACGUGGAGGCCCACGCGAACGAAGAGAGAGUGGAGUGGUUAAGGCUUGUUGUGGUAGUACUGCGAAUCAUCUAAUCGAAAACUGAAACUAAGCGAGUAACAAAUACAACAACCGAGUAUCUGAGAUUCUUGUUAUCUAGUAGAUUAUUCGGUUAUUUCAGUUUUUCGAGUACAAUACAUCUAGAUUCUAAUUUAAAUUACUUAUAUCUUGCUUAAAUCGUCUCUGUACGUAGACUCUCUACUUUUGGGUGUGUACAUCGCGGACCAUCGUCAGCAUCUAAAGUCGGUAAUCCCUCCGCGCCAUCACGAAACCCUCCAGGAAAGGGCCGAGCGACGAAUCACGCAAACGCGGGGGGUCCGUCAGCAGGUCGUCUUUCGGAUGCUAUGAAUGACUGGGACUAGUUGUAUUUUGUUUGAGCUGAACUUGUAUCUAUGAAGAAAUUUGCUACCCCGAGAAGUUACUUAUAGUAGCAUAAGUGUCUGGCGAUCCUCAUCAUAGUAGCAUAAGAAAAAGUCUCUGCUCCUCUUACUUAAGUAGUUGAAAUUGCAAACAUAUCAUGUUGAGUACAACAAAAUGAAUUGGUUUCUCACACUAUUAGUCGUAGAGACACGCCUAGCUGCUUCUAUUCCAUCAUCUCCACACACCUACAGCUUUCUCUAUCCCCCUCUAAGCCCGAUCAGGACAGCAAAAAUGCAACAUGGAAUAUGCAGAAGGUUUAUGUUGGCGAUCGGGCUAAGAUACGCGAAACCGGUCGCACGGGAGACGUAAUGUUCGUCGGUCGGAUAGCAAGCCUAGUUAAGGUCUUUUGGAUGCUGAUAAGAGCUGUUGCUGAAGAUAGGGGUUAGAUGGAUUGUAGAAAAGAAUUAGAUUCUUUCUUCUGCGACGCGUACGGAGUAAGUUUCGGCCGUGCUCCGCAGCUAAGCUCCUUAUGAUUGCACAGAUGAUACACAGAGGUAAAAAUUUUUUUCUUACUCCUUUCUGAACGUGAUCCUACUGAACUUCUCUAAGACACGCUCAGGCCUUAUUGUGGGACUCAAGUUAGACGAGAAACGGCGAACAGCCGAAUGUGAUGGGAGGCAUGGCUCUGAGCGUUAUUUCCGGUGUCCACCCGGAUACGGCGUAUUUUUGAUUAAGACAUAGUUCGUACUACAACUAAGUGGUUGUACCUUUAUGAUAGUUCACCCAUUUUCUCUGAGGGAGCUACCGGCCAGCGAGUCUGCGGUGAGACUCAAUCACAACUUCUGCUGAUCCGGUGGCGGUGCUUCGUGCGCAGGGCUGAGGCGGGAACCCCUCUAAACCUAAAUUUAAAGAGGGGGGCCGAGUCCUGCUCCUUCGUUCAUUUUUUUGAAAUAGAUAAAAGAAGAGGAGAAGUAUUGUCCAAGUUCUUCAGGGUUGUACAACGGCAUAAGAAUACCCGGCUAUCAUGUACAGUAAAUAAUAGCUGAGGAUUUUUAUGGACUCUAAUAACUGAUCAUCUUUUGAAGAACAAAACUCGUAUCGUCUAAUCCAGGCAUAGACGAAGUGGAAGUGGUUCAAAAGUUAUGAGUGUCACGUUAUGAGGGCUUACGCAGGUUCCUCUCUACAGAAUGCUCGCAUGGGUGGAAGUCCCCACGUACAAGCAAUAACAGGAACAUAGAAAGGAGCGAUAGCAGUUCUACCUAUAAUGACGUAGUUGACGAACACUACGACUACAAGAAUUAAAUCAGCAGAACACUACUCACAAUGGGCAGUUAGAAUUUGAAUCUUCUUACCCUUACGUAACGUAAUUCGCACCUCUGCAUCUUCCAGUUUUUUAAGGAAAUCACAAUCUCUCCUCUAUUCUAAAAUCCGGGACUGACAAGGAGUCUGCAGCAAGUCUGGAAAAUUGCAAGCUUGUAUUUGAAGCUCCAGGUGAGAAGAACAUUGACCUAGAAGAUGCGCUUGCGAAUUUUUACGACUCUGCGGGAAUCAAAGGGCAACUACGCAAAGUAAAGCAUUGGGUCGAAGUACAACUUAUGGAUGAAUAUUUCAUAUUUAUAGUAUAGUAACUGUAGUAAGUUCAAUGUCAAUCAUUCUAGUUUGAAUGUUUCCGGUAUUCGGUAACCUGAAUUUGAUCAUAAGGGAAAACAAGAAGAGAACCCUUAGGAUCAAACUCAGGUUACCAAAUACCAGAACCAUACAUAGUUCCUCGUGGUAGGACUCCUUGCGACGUUGACGUAGUAAGCUAGGGAGCAAGGCGGGUCUGAAUAACUUGGAAGGAGUAACAAGUAGAAACGAUAGCUGUCACUUACUGCUAGUUCUUUCGUUUCGCAGUAACAAGUAACUGUCACUUCAUCUAAACUGAGAAAACGUUGUGAGGCAGCAAUGCAGGGUGACGGUGACGUUGAUAUUGGCCUUAAGCCACUGACCUUUCUGUUUCGUGGAAACUGCGGCACAGGAAAAAGCAAGAUUGCGCGUCACCUUACAUUAUGAACAAUCCCUCGGCUUCGGUUGAAGUACUCCCAUUAUAUGGUAAUUCCUUGUGGAUCUGUUGUUCUAUAUUGUUGAAUUUGAGGAGGACUUUUUCUUCUAAGAAUCCACUUACUCCGGGAUCUUGGUGUGGUGAAUCGCGGCCAUUUGAUAGAAACGAGUCGGAAGGAAUUAACGGCGAGUUACGGAGAAGGCGACAAGACAGUAACCAAAGUCUGGAAAGCUGCAGCGGGUGGCACUCUGCUCAUCGACGACAUUGGAGUUGGAGCAGAGGAUAAGGUGCUAGUAUAGUGAUCCUGUAUCACACGAGGACGUAGGGUCCGUUUAUGCGAUGCCUAUGUCUUUGAUUCCAGUUUGAGUCACAAGCACACGCAGAUCAUCCUGGCAUAUAAACAAGACAUUGACGGAGUAGUGCCAGUUCUACAAUGGCUUUCAAUUUAAUUGUUCGUGUGCUUGCUCCUCUUCAUGUGAUUUCAUGUACUUAACAAGAAGUACUUAGUCAGUGUGUAUUUAAAAAAAACAACAACAGAAUGAGCGAGGCGGACACACUCUAGAGGAGGCGCUUUACUCGGUGAUGAAACAUUUCGAUUAUGGACUUCUGGUUUUUACUUCCGCAGAACUGUCAUUCUAUCUCUCAAGAACGAAGUAGAGGAAGGCAGCCUCUAACCCAAGCAAGUGUAGUCGAGAUAGUCUUAUAAAUUCCCUGAACAGUAACUGAGAACCCCUUUUACAAAUGACUUUUUCACCAGUUGGAACUACAUUAAUCUUGUAAUACUGAAAGGGGUUCGCAUCGCUCUACUCGACAGUAUUUCCACCCUCUAACCCAAGCAAAUGUCAAGGUCGUUCAAAUCGUGGCCGCAGCCUGUCUGUCUCAUUUUGAGUUACCCACAGUUAAGCCUUAAAGGGUUACCACAUACACUGCAUUCUUCAAUCUCUAGUACCAUUCUUGCCUUAUACUAUUUUCCGAUAGAAAAGAGCAAGAACUCAACAAGGCAAAUGCAAAAAUGAUCUGCAGAAUGCAAAAAUGUGACAGCCUCUAACACAGACAUCGGGACUGCCAGAACGACUGCAGCCUAUUCAGCAUGAAGCCAGGAGUUUCGAUUUUGAUGACUACGAUGAUAAGUGCAUAGCGAAUAUCCUCGACAGGAAUAUCAAGGCCAGAAAUUUCAGUGCGAACAUCAAAGCAGAUGCAUUGUUGAGGUAUUUUUAGAUUCGAAAUUGUUGGAGUUUAUACGUCGCUUAGGGACAUCACGUACUUAUGGUAUUAUCAUAUACACUUAUUUCGAACAUCAUGGAGCACCAUACACUACAAAUUCCUCACUUUUGUUGUUUGCAGAUCCUACGUACUAGACACAACGAACUUUAAGUUUAACAAAACAGAGAGCCGCCAUCUCUCUUCCAGCGUAGAUCUUCCUACCUUCACUUCUUGACAAAAUUCACAGUGUCGUUCGCGGUGCCAUCGCCAGAGGGAUGGGUCAGGAAUUUCCGAAUGCGCUUUUAGCAGACAAACUCUUAAAUGAUGCGAUUCAAAAGCAAACGGAGCGAGUGUGGGCAAAAGAUUAAGGCUUCACCCGAUAUAAUGUGAAUACUUAAUCGUCCAACUAUGUAUGUUUGUUGUCACCUACGGCUACGAAUGCUAAAAGCCGUCUAUCUUGAUAGGUGGGAGCCCGGCUACGGAUGCUAAAAGCCGUCUAUCUUGAUAGGUGGGAGCCCGGUCGUGAAUAAUCCAACUAUGUAUGUUUGUUGUCUCCUACGGCUACGAAUGCUAAAAGCCUAUCUUGAUAGGUGGGAGCCCGGUCGUGAAUAAUCCAACGAUGUAGGUUUCUUUGUUGUCACCUAGUACGGCUACGAAUGCGAAAAGCCGUCUAUCUUGAUAGGAAUCCCGUCGUUCAUAAUGCACGCAUCUCCACCUAUCGGAAAGCUCUAAGCGCAUACGAUGAGUUGGGAAGGACUAACGACCCUCUGCGACGACGACUUUUUGACAGAGCAUAAGGGUCAGCAAGAACAGAAGGAAGCACUUGGUAUUGUCCCUACUACUUGUGAAUGUAUCAGUUGGGGUCAAUGAGGAAUUGCUGAGAGGAAUGCUGUGUAUGGUUCUGGUAUUUGGUAGCCUGAAUUUUAUCCUAAGGGUUCUCUUCUUGUUUUCUAUCUCACAACACCAAUAGUCAAAAUGCUGAGAGGAAGUGCUAUCUUGGGAUUUUCUAUCUCACAACACCAAUAGUCAGAAUGCUGAGAGGAAGUGCUAUCUUGGUAUUUUCUAUCUCACAACACCAAUAGUCAAAAUGCUGAGAGGAAGUGCUAUCUUGGUAUUUUCUAUCUCACAACAUCAAUCUAUUAGCCAAGCUCGAAAAAAUUGUGGGAUUACGGGAAGUUAAGGAAUUUGUGAGGUCGUUGCACGCCCAACUAUCUGUGGAAAUGCAGCGAAGGUUAGCCGGAAUCAACGCUGGCUCGUCAUCCCACACACUGCAUAUGAUUUUCACUGGGAGUCCUGGUAUCAUAAGUACACUCGAUAUGUUGAUGUACGAUAAUAUUUACAAGAACUGGCAGUCUGGGUAUUUAAUUGUUGAUUUUCAAUUUGAUUGCAGCGUACAGAAGUUUUAGUAAACUACUAGGUUUUGUAGUUAGCGAGAUGGUCACUGAGAGUCAGGGUAUUACAACUAGUUUGAAUUUUGGUAUUGAAGAAGUAAGUAGCAUCGAAAAGGUGUGCAAGUAGGUCGGUCGUCGGUAUAGAGUAGGUUGAACGUCUACAAAUAGGUCACCUGGUUUGCUUUUCUUAUGGAAGUUGAGAUCGUUCAUCUCUACGUGUUUUUUUUUCUUCUUUCUUUGAAGACCACAAAGAGUAUUCUCUCAUAUACGACUAGGUACCGGCAAAACAACCGUCGCGCGAGUGAUCGCGGAUCUUCUGAGGAGUUUAGGCCUCCUCAGAAAGGGUCAUUUAAUCGAGGCUGACCGCUCCUCGCUUGUGGCCGGCUACAGUGGCCAGACUGCUCUGAAGUUAUGCCAGAAUGCUCUGCUAUUCUCAAGGACACUGGCCACGAUCGAUGAAACAUCUCUCGUGGAUGAUUUUCAUUUAAUAGACUCUCCCACUAGGGACCCGUUCUUCUCCACUUCCAAGGUCUAAGAUGAAAUCCCGUUCUUCUCCAAUGAAACCCGUUCUUCUCCACUUCCAAGGUCUAAGAUGAAAUCCCGUUCUUCUCCAAUGAAACCCGUUCUUCUCCACUUCCAAGGUCUAAGAUGAAAUCCCGUUCUUCUCCCACUAGGGACCCGUUCUUCUCCACUUCCAAGGUCUAAGAAACACAAAAGCGGUUGUAGAGUCAGCCUUAGGCGGAGUACUUUUUAUCGAUGAGGCGUAUGCUCUCGUUCAAGGCGAUGGUCGGGAUACCUUCGGUCACGAAGCCUUGGACACACUCAUUAAAAUUAAGACCACGAUGAAGAUUUGAAUUGAUUCCCAAUUUACCUAUGAAGAUUUUAUUUUGCAUCCCUUAAUACAAAUACCGUGUCGUUAACGUUAAUAUUGAUGCUUUAGAUUUGAAAAUCCUAUCUCUUAGCCGCGUCAGCGUGUUAUUCAACAUGUCUUUAAUCGAAGUGCUGACUUCUAAAAACCCUAUCUUAUAAUUUUUUUCCUCGUCAGUUUUUUAGCGGAAAAUUUAUAAUCUUUUUCCUGAUGUUAUUUCCUCUAAAAACCUGACGGAGGAUCAUCGAGGCAAUCUGGUCGUCAUUCUAGCAGGAUAUAGUAAGGAGAUGCAGAGACUGCUGGAUAUGAAUCCGGGUCUCACGUCGCGAUUUCCAAAUAAGCUGAAUUUUCAAGACUACACAUGCGAAGAAAUGGCAGAUAUCGGAGAAGGGAUGCUUAACCUGGAUAAUUUGAUUAUGGAAUGGACAGGGACCACUAACGAAGAAUCACUCUAACUAACUGAUGUAACUCAGAAGUCAUAACCAUAAGCAAUCAUAGAUCUGCAUCAACGACACAUCGUAGUUUGAUGAUAAACUAUAGCAUGCAUUAAUCAUGAAGUAGGUUUUUCAGGUUUUUGUGUACUCGUCCUGUAGUAAGCAACUAGUAACUGAUGUUGCCUCUCUUCGCUAGAAUUUUUCUCCAUACGUCUAAGAAGUGAUUCGCGGACCAGAAAGCCAGAGCUGCUUUUCGACAGAGGUUAGAAGCGUUGGGGAGUAAGCGACAUGUUAAGGCCCAGUUUACAAGUUUACAUGUAUUUCACAUCUAUCAUAAUGCGUAAAUGUGUUCGGGGAGGCUCGACGCUGCAGACAUUUUUCUGUAUGAUCCCAGAGUUAGACUGACAUGGUAAAUGCACAUGUAGGCUGACAUGAUAUGUCAGGCACAUGUAGUCUGACAUGAUAAAUGGUAGCUACUACAACUAUAACACGGAGCGAACACAUAAAUCAGAUUUAUAUUUAUAGGAUACUAUGCGUCGGGUCUUCAUCUUCUUGUUCUUGAGCAGCUACAUCGUCUUCUAAUUUUUGCAAUGGUCGUAGCGUCCGCAACAUCUUGGAGGAAGCGAAGCGACUCAUGGCUGUGCGGUUGACGCAAAUGAAAAAACCCUCUGCGAGCGAUUUAGUCACCUUAGCAUUAAGGCUUGUGGAAAUCCAUCUUGUUCCCUAGCAUGCAUCCUCAUACCGUUGGUUUUGAAGGGAAAACCAACGGGCACCAAGAUGGAUCUGGAUGCAUCCCGAGAUGGAUUUUUGUAGGGUCUAAUGGCAGCAGAGGACUUUUAGUCGAGAUCAUAUCUUGGGAGUAACUACAUCUAUUUUCUAAAAGUAAAUUUUGCUGGUGAGGCAAAAGACAAGGAUGGCAGGUGUAAAAGUCUUUAUUUAGAUCACAUCUUCAUGAGACUAACAAAAUGAUGAUAUGUCCUGCUGAGACUGAGACCACUUUUAAUCGAGAUCAUAUCCUAAGACUAAGAUCUAAGUCUUCUAAGAGUGAUAUUCUUGACUGGAGUUAGACCUAAGCCUAACAGUAACAUCUAAGAGUAUUUGUCUGGAAUUGGACGUCUCACCCAAGACCGUUUAUUGAGAUACUUAUAAACAUCUCACACUGGUGGAGGUGUAGUUCCAACGGUGUCCAGAUAGUUCCAACGGUGUCCAGAGAGUAUUUCUCUGGAAUCCUUGAACUCAUAUUUUUUUCCAAUUACACAGACACGCGCAACCGGCGCAAAGAGUAUAGUCGCAAGGGGAAUUUCAGCUCGAGUAGACUUUCAAUUUCGAAUAAUUUCCUGAUGUUGUUACGACGCCUAGUAUUUUCGUCUAUUUUCAUUGAAGCAAGGGAUCAAGCACAUCAUCAACAUUUUUUUUAGUCUCGUGUGCAUCGAAGAUCAUAUGACCAUACAAAUAAUAUAGAUCGCAGAAACUACAGGGUUUUUCAAUUAAGUGAUUACUUGAUGUUUGGUUUUGCGACUGCAUAAUCGAUUAAUAGCGUUCAAACUAGUGUUGUAUCGACGAUUUAGAAAUUUUUUUGAUAUUUUCAUUUUUGUGAAGAUUGUGACUGUAGUGAUUGACUCAACAAGCAUCUUCUUGAUCUUUUGACUUAAAUCACAACUACAACAAAUUUUGCAUGUGCAAAGCGUUCUGGAUGGCUGUGCAUAUUCAAUUUCUUAUACAGGGAUCUGGGAGAGGCCUGCGCGACAGGCGCUCGUUAAGUUAGAGGAAUUAUAUAUAAAAAGGGUGAGUACGAGUAGGAGUAGACAACUAGAACGACACGUCGUACAUCUUCUUCGUGGGAGAAUUCAACAUUGAAUCAUGAUCCUUGCUCUUGCUGGCGAACUUGUAGUUAUUUUUGACGGUUAGCCCCUAUUCUCUUUCUUUUUGGCUCUUCAGUAGCCACUGAAGUCUGCUGGUUUAUCUAGUGGAUCCACACCUAACCUAACCUUAUCCGUUGUUACAGACAGUGGUCACACUGAGGCCUGUCCAUGUGAAGUCUUCAGUCCUCAGGGUUGUGCUAGGCGCUGUAGAACGAGUGCGAGAGAUGAACGGACAAAGAAACCUGAGUUGAAGUAAAAAAAAAAAGAGAUCGACGGAGAAGGCAGG